AUGCCAGCCAAAACCCCGAUUUACCUGAAAGCUGCCAAUAACAAGAAAGGAAAAAAAUUUAAACUGAGGGACAUCUUGUCUCCCGAUAUGAUCAGUCCGCCCCUCGGAGACUUCCGCCACACCAUUCACAUCGGUAAGGAGGGCCAGCACGACGUCUUCGGAGACAUUUCCUUUCUCCAAGGCAACUAUGAGCUUCUACCCGGAAACCAGGAGAAAGCGCACAUGGGCCAGUUCCCUGGGCAUAACGAGUUCUUCCGGGCCAACAGCACCUCCGACUCCAUGUUCACGGAAACGCCCUCGCCGGUGCUCAAGAACGCCAUCUCUCUGCCGACCAUCGGAGGGUCCCAAGCCCUCAUGUUGCCCUUGUUGUCCCCGGUGACAUUCAGCUCCAAGCAGGAGUCCUUUGGGCCAGGAAAGCUGCCCCGGCUUAGCUGUGAGCCGGUCAUGGAGGAGAAGGCUCCAGAGAAAAGCAGUGUGUUGGAGAACGGGACGGCCCACCAGGGCGACGUCUCGUGGGGGUCGAGCGGGUCCGCGUCCCAGUCCAGCCGGGGGAGGGACAGCCACUCUUCCAGCCUCUCGGAACAGUACCCCGACUGGGCGGCGGAGGACAUGUUGGACCCUCCCGCCCCUUGCGAGCUCAUCAAGGAAAAGACUAAGUCGGAGGAGUCCCUCUCUGACCUCACGGGUUCCCUCCUGUCCCUGCAGCUUGAUCUCGGGCCCUCCUUUCUGGAUGAGGUGCUGAAUGUCAUGGAUAAAAAUAAGUAA